UUAACAACAAAACCUGAAAAUGGAGAAGAGCCACAACCAAAUAAAGGACAACUUGCCUUCAAUAGAGCAUAUCUUACUUCCAAUAACAUAUACCUCGUGGCUUUUGGGUGCUGGUGUUGCACAUCCGCGCAAAUAUCGCAAGAUUGUCACGCUAACCCCCUGCAUAAUUUAUUUGGCCUUGUGUUCUGUUUGCAUGACAUUCAGCAUGAAAAUAUUCUUCACAAUGUAUAACUUCUUCCAAAACAUAUACACUAUUUUAUCCUUUAUUCAUAUAGGGAUAGGUUAUGUACUUGCGUAUUAUUGUAUUUAUCAAGUGAUUGGGCAAUACGACAAAUGGCCGGAGCUAAUGGAUAAAAUAAAAGAGUUUGAUCAGAAGAUUAGAAGGGAAAUACCUAUAAAUGACAGGCCAGUAAAAAUCGCGGAAAUGCUGGCGAUUAUAGUGACCCUUAUUUGUUGUCCUUUGUGCAUAAUUGUGGACGUCUUGUAUUAUUAUUUUACAAAUCCAGAGCUAUCUCGGAUUUUUGUUUUAAUUAUGUACUACAAGUUAGGCCAAUCCCUCAUCAACAGUUUCGUCUUUGACAUUGUUGUUUAUAUGCUGGAUUAUAGAUUAAAAGCGAUAAAUAAAUUGAUUGGCCAAUUGAAUGAGCUAUCCGACGCGCUUAAGAUUAGACGCAUUCGAGAAAUGCAUAAUGAUAUUUGUGAUCUUUUCAUCAUGGUAAAUGAUAUUUAUGCUUUUAAUCUUCUCCUCUGUUCGAUGAGCUGUCUUAUUGGGGUUAUAUAUGAACUAUCUGCAAUCUACGUGGAAAUUAAUUUUCAUGAGAGCGACUUUAUGUGUAUAUUUAUUAGUUUUUUGAUUCUGUACACCACGCAAUUUGGUCUGAUGUGCUGGAAUUGCACGCUUGUGAGUCGAGAUUUCGACAAGACUGGGAUAAUCAUCCGUGCGAUUGUACUGAAUUUUAAACAUUUGAAUAUUGAAUUAAAAGAAAAGAGGAGUCAAUCGAAUAUAGAAAUGCGAUCCUCAGUGGAAGAUUGGAACACUUGGCAAAAUUCUGUUUGGGACAGCAGUCACUAUUGGAACAACAUCGUCGCAGAAAAUUUUUUGCAACGUCGUCGUGCAGAAAAUCUACGCAAAAACUUGAAUUAUCAACGUAUUAGAAAUGAGAUAAAUGAUUUUUUGAUUCAACUACAACAUCGUCGAAUAGUAUUUACGGCUUAUGAUUUCUUCGAUAUAAACAAUGUAACGUUUAGUGGUUUCCUUGGCGUAAUCAUCGUUUAUAUGACAAUCUGUGUUCAAUUUUUUAAAAGUUGGUCAAUUAGUAGCAAACUUGGUCGCCUUCUCUCAUUAUUGAAAGAAUAACAGAAGGGAGUG